CGGAGCGAUUACCCGGUUAUCACCGCGACCAGCAGAUCACUCGGUUAGCGAACGUUCCACGGUGGACCAGCUCGACUGCUAUCGAGAUCCCGCCUCUGUGUCGAUUUUUCGCGCCUAUCGAUAAAGGCACCGUUCCCUCCGAUAUCGUCGUCGAGUGACAAAGAAAGAACGCGCGGGAAAUCAUCUCCUCCGAUCAUCCCGAGAGUCCUGAGGUCCUGGGCUCCAGGACCAUGGAACGCUGAGACCAAGGGAUAAAGGAAGAAGGGGCGGCGAAGAAGGGGCCCGAGGAGAGAGGCUGAGGAUGUACCAGCGCUGACCGGUACACAGCCUCGAUCGCGAGAGAGUGCGCCGCGUACCGAUUAAUUGUCGCAGGUGGUGGCCGAUGGUUGAUGAGUGUGGGUGAUGACAGAUGUGUUUUGCUCCCGUGUGCCGUUCGUCGUCGUCUUCGUCGUCGUCGGUCGCGAAGUGUGACUCGCCUGUGACAACGCGUGCCCGAGAUCGGUGAAAACGCGACACCGUGUUCGGAUACAAGAUAUAGACAGACAGUGAAAAUAUGACCUCGACGAGGAUCCAUCAGAUGCUGAUCGUCUUCUUUUACUAUCAAGCUUUCACUCAAAGCUUGAUACUAGAAGAAGAGAAGGAACCGAAUUAUCUGAGCGCAGGGGUAGGCGAGUACGCGGUAUUCAAUUGCGAUUUGGACUUCCCGCACGAGACCCCGAUCCCAUACAUUCUUCAGUGGAACCGUGACGGUCGAACGAUCUUCUCAUGGUACAACGGGCAUCCGACCGUGGGUCUGGGGUUCGAGGGUCGCGUGCACCUCCUGGAGGACGCCGCGAGCCGUGGCUACGGCCAGGGCAGCAUAAACCUGACGAACAUACGCGAAAGCGACCAGGGAUGGUACGAGUGCCGCGUCAUCUUUCCGAACAGGACACCCAAUUCCAGGAACAAUGGAACCUGGUUCCACCUCGGUAUAGAUGGUGCGUCGCCGUUCCCGACGUCUGUUCUAGGUGAGACGUUGCUGGCGGUCCCGCCUGUCAACAAGACUGUCAUGGAGGGUGAAUCGGUCAGUUUCGACUGCGUCUCCAAAGGGGAGAAGUCCGUUGUAAACUGGUUCCGCGAGGGCACUGAAAUCUCUCAAAUAGAGGAUUUGAAGAGAAGAGCGACCAUCGCCAAAGAUGGAACGUUGGUCAUUAACUCAGCCGCCAUGAGGGACCCUGGGGAGUACACCUGCGUAGUAACAGGUGAAACGGGGGAACAACAGAGUGCCUCGGCCUUUCUCAACGUACAGUUUAAGGCAAAGGUUAUUUACGCCCCCCGAGAAGUCUACCUUCCGUACGGAAAGCCAGCCCUCCUGGACUGUCACUUCAGGGCGAAUCCUCCCCUGACGAACCUGCGUUGGGAGAAGGACGGAUUUCUCUUCGACCCGUACAACGUCCAAGGCGUAUUCUACAGGAAAAACGGUUCCCUGUCGUUCACCAAAGUGGACGAGACUCAUUCUGGAAGCUACACUUGCACGCCGUACAACGAAUUGGGUACUGAAGGUCCUAGUCCUACGAUCUCGGUGAUCGUUCAGAGGCCGCCGAUAUUCACAGUGACGCCGCAGCAUUUGUAUAUAAAGAAGCUAGGCGAGACGUUGGAGAUCCCCUGCGACGCCAGGGACGGGGACCAAGCGCAUCGACCUUCGAUCGUAUGGUACAAGGAUGGUUCACCGGUGCCGCCCGACAGGACCAUCAUAAUCGGUGGCAAUUUAACAAUCGACAGAAUCCAAGAGCAAGAUAGAGGCCUGUAUCAGUGCGCGGCUAGUAACGAAGCCGCGACAGUGGUCGCAGACGCUGAAUUGAUUAUCCUGAACGUUCCACCGAGAGCGCCCUACAACUUGAGCGCCAACAGUAGCAACAACGCCGUGACCUUGACCUGGGUGCCUGGAUUCGUUAGGCCUAAAACGGAGUACUCCGUCUGGUACAGACCAACAGACACUUCGGAAUGGAGAACUAUGAAAAUCCUGUCGAGGAAAAUAACAGAAGCGACCGUGAACAACCUAAACGCAGGAAGGGAGUACGAGUUCAUGGUGCUCAGCCAGGACAAGCACGGUGACGGAAUGUUUAGUAAAACGCUGCGGAUCUUCACUCAGCCACACAUGAUUGACGAGAACUCAGCGUCGGAGUACCGUAGCCCACCAGAUGAGAAAACGGGACCACCCCUGAACGUCAGGGUGCAAGCUACCGUGGAAGGUUAUUUAGUCACCUGGGAUCCCCCUUCGUAUGGAAAGGAUCAAGUGAGACUGUACGCUGUUAGAUGGUUCAGAGGUCCGUCUGAACGACUGUAUGGCAGAGCGGAAACGACUGACACUUACUAUCUAGUAAAAACCCUGGAAGAAGAGAGUUACUACACGUUCGAGGUAGCGGCGGUAUCGAUCACGGACGACACGGUGACCAGCGAGAGGGUGAGCCUGGAGGUUCCAGCGUAUCGCAGGAACAGGGCAAUUUCCAUGGGAAUCGUGGCUGGAAUCGGGUUCCUGGCGGCUGCCUUGGCCGCUAUAUGGUGGGCGAGGAAACGCUUCUGUCAAUCGUCGAACCAGAAGUAGGAACGAAUCGCCAGCGAAACGAGCCACGACACGUUUGGAUCGUGUGCGUUGACACGGUCAGCUGUGAUUCGCUGUCCUUAAUCUGUAGCGAUAUUCGAUUAGCUAAUAGAGUUACGAGGAGUGUCGUUUCGAUUUUCAAUCGAUUCUCAUACCGCAUUUCGAAGUUGCGCGGCCGUUUCGUCGCGAUAAUUGUAAUCGCCGCGAGUUAUAAGUAUGUAAUAUAUUAUCGAUGAUCGUGUUUAGACGUAGCAAUUAGGGGGGUCCUAGACCGGGGGUUGUCGAGUGGGGGGUCGAGAGGAAGCGCAAUUCGACCGUAAAAUUUCUAUCUGGGACGGUUCAAUUUGCUACGUUUACGUACAUAUAAGUUACUACGAGUGUUCUUGCAUUGCAUCGUUACAUUAUGUAUCGUUUAAAAGCUUUAUUAGAUAAGUGCACGUUUAUUAAGGAUUAGCUCUGGCAUUUGAUCGUUAUUCGGGUACCGGGCUGACGGGGACGCGCGGGGAUUUACUAGCGAGGAAAGUAGAUGAGCGUCUCGCGGACUAGGUUUCAACUCUGCUAGAUCUAUAUACAUAUACGUAUAUAUAUCCGAUACGUUUUUCUAUUGUAAAUAAAUUGUGUCGAUUAUCUAUGCA